AUGGAGCAAACAAAGGAUUUGCAAACUUUGGCCGUGUUAGAGUUGAUCAGUACUCUUCAAGCCCAUGAAAGUCGUGCUGCUUCACGAUAUGAGAGUUCGAAUGAAGGAGCAUUCUAUGGAGAAAAGAAACGUGAGGACAAGAAGCCCGAGAAAUGGUGUGGAGUUUGUAAACGUAACAAUCACAAUGAAAGCAAAUGUUGGUUCAAGCAAAAGAAGAACCAAGGUGUCUCUUCACAAAAGGUUGUAAACAAUGAGAGAAGGUGUUUCGUAUAUAACAAGCCGGGACAUUUUGCAAAGAACUGCAAACUUAGAAAAGCCAAGAGAGCAGAUCUAAGUCUAAAAGAAACAGAUGUUGAGGAUCACAUGCUGUUUAGUGCGGUGGAAGAAGAAGUAUCAACAAAAAUAGAUAAUGAAACGUGGUUAGUUGACAGCGGAUGCACUAACCAUAUGACCAAGGAAGUUAAAUACUUCAUCACUCUUGAUCAAAGCAUAAAGGUUCCGAUCAAAGUGAGAAAUAGUCAGCGUGUAAUGACGGCAGGAAAAGAAAACAUCCAAGUGAUGACAAGCCAAGGAGAGAGGACCAUCAAAGAGGUGUGUCUAGAGCCGGGUUUAGCAAGAAAUCUAUUGAGUGUAUCUCAAAUGAUAUCAAAUGGAUAUGGAGUCUUAUUUGAAGACAAUAGAUGCCUCAUCAACGAUCCUCAAGGGAGGAGGAUUCUGAACAUUAAGAUGAAGCAUAAGAGUUUUCCACUCAGAUGGAGUAACUUAGAAGCAAGUGCUUUACUUGUGAGUGAAGAAGAAACCGCAGUUUCACGGGGAAAGAUGGAGCAAAGGGUUGAUGUGAUUGACUUGAAUGUUGAUCCAUUAGAGAACUAA